AUGUCGAUCUCUUACUUCGGUAACGGGAGGUCGCAUCCUUUGUCGGUCACGGGCGUGCGGAACGAUACAAACGAAAACAAAGAAAAAAGGCAUAACCGCAACACGAUUGCGCGUCCAUCAACCCCUUGUACGGCGGUGGUGAUCGUCAGCAUUUGUGUGUGGUGGAAUAGCUGUGAACAAAAAGGAAAAGGUAGUUGUGACUACGGCAGUGUAAACCACAUCGUUAACCAUUUCAAUUUGUCACGUACGUUAGCCUCAGUUCCCCCCCCCCCUAAGUCAGGAUUUAUUCCACACGCACCCUGA